CCAUAUGCCUUGAACUGCUUGCCAUGUGCCUGAAAUCCUGAAACUGGGUUGCAUACAUACACAUACAUUUUACUUUAUAUCUACUCUAGACAUCACAGGAGAUGUUGUUGUACAGUAUACUAUUAUUAUGUACUGCUGGAUACACUCAAGCUAGCUGUUUUGGAAAGGAUGCCGGCUUUAGUCCUGCCAAUGGCAAGCCUAGUAUCAGUCAACCCUCCCGGAGUGAUCCUGCAAAAGUGCUGGUUGAGUGGUCAAAAAUAGUGAAAAAUCCAGACUGCGUAGAUACAUACUCUCUUCUAGUAUGGGCUGAUGGUACUCCACCCACAGGAGCUACUAGGUAUUCGUUGGAUAAAAAUACCAAAUCUAAGAUAGUAGAUGUGCAGCCCUGUGUAGGAUAUAGGUUUGCUGUGGAGACAAAUGAAAAAAAUACUUUAGGAACUAAGACCGAGAAGAGCGGAGAUGAACUGUUCAGGACUGCUGGAGCUCCACAAACAAUAUCUCCUGAUGCAUCCAAAUUUCAUGUGACCUACCACUGGGACCCUGUCAAGAAAGUUGUUGAUUUAAGACAAGCAACCAUAUCUAUCCCUCGUGAUCUUCUCCCUGGAGCUAGUUGUCUAGAUUAUAUUCAGGUUACUGGAAGCCAAGUAAGAUCUACUGCACGCUCUGGAUCCUCCAACCCUACCAAGUCUCGUUCAUUUUCCUGGGGCCAUCUUGGAGAGAGCACAUUUAAUCCCAAUAUACAAGUUGGAGGAGCUUCAACUCUUCCUGCCUCUACCGGGGGUAUUUCAUACAGUGGAGCUGUUAAGGGAGCAACUCCUCCUCGAGGACCCUUGGCACAAACUUAUUCAACCUCCUCCAGUGGAUCUUCAAGUCCAUACAAUAGUCCUCCAGGAUCCCCCACAGGAGGCAGAGCAGGAUCAGCAAUAACCUUUCCAUCACCAACCUACUCAAAUACUUUACCAAGAGCUACUGGGGGAGCAACAACUCAAGUUGGCCCCAUCAGAGUUCAGCCACCAUUCCUUAACCCAAUUGUUGAAAUCAACAUUGCCGUCCAAGAUUGCUCUGAAUAUGACUUUGAGAUAAAAUUCUUUGCACCUGGCAGUAAGGAGGUUGGCAAGGUGUCCCAUGUGAAGUUACCACCUCUAGCAGAUGUUCCUGGUUAUAUUCCUCCUCCAAUCACCUCGGUUAUGUCCAUCACCUAUGGGUCCAAUGGGAAGCCUGUGUAUGGAGUCAAGACAAGCAGUGGAGUUACAGCAGCUUGCCUGCCUUCCUACUUUGAGGCAUAUGACUCCUACACACAUAGAUUGGAGAAUGAGGUUAACUUCCAGCUUCAUGAAGGGAAAAGAGUUACAAGCCUUGUUUCCAACAGCCAGAACCAGCUCUCAAAGUCCCAAGAAGAACUUCUGCGUAAGACGGGAUGUGUGUGCACCUCCUCAAUCCUGCAAUUCUCAACAACUGAUAACGACCUUUUAAAGAAAUAUAGGGAACAGUUUGGAAUUUAUGAAUUCCAGGGCAUGCACAAUGAACGUCCAUUUUACAAGCUGACUUCAAAUGACAUCAAUGCUCCAGCUCCUGUACCAAAUAUUCCUACUGGCACAACAACCUCCCGACCUAGUAUCACCACCACAACUGUCAGCUCACCUACAACCCUUGCGACAAUGUUUUUGUUCUGGGAUGCUAAGGAAAAGCAGUGGAUGUUUACACCAACUCUUGGAAAGGACAGUAAGAUAGAGUUUGGCUCUGUCACCAACAGUCUGGCCAAGUGCCCUGGUGACCCUCCAGCAGCUUCCAACUGGCAGUACAAGUCUAGCGUACUUGGAAGAUGGAAGAAAUCAGCUGACCUGAAGGUUGCAUGCCAAGUCAAGAUUUAAGAAAAACAGAUCUCAAAACAAAUGAAAUCUGGAUGGAUCUUUAACAAUAUUUUUGAUUUAUAAAAGGUUUUUAACUAAAACUCUCCGAUUUACUUCAACGAAAUUGUAAUUUUAUAUUAUGUAAUAAACUAGAUAAAUAAA